AUGAGCCGUCCCACUGAUUACCAUUUGGAAGCCGAGAGCGUGUCUACGCUCGAGUCGACACUAGUUGAUAGAAUAAAACUGCGCAAAAGCCGGAUUACAAAACCCCAACGCCAUGACAUCUGCAAAUCAGCAAUUCAAAAGGACGGAAGACUCGCUCGGUAUCACAUCAGAUCCGACUUGCGUUACCAUGUAGCCUUCACGAAGUUGAUUUUCCUCGCUCUUGCAUUUGGCAAUUGGAAGAAGACCUUGGUAAAGCUCGUGGGUUUUGAGAGGGAAGCCGCUAGGGCUGAACGUGGCCUGGAAGAGGUGGAUCGGGGGCGAAUCGCAAAUCGUAAAUACUUUUACGUAGUUGACCUCGACAUAGUAGAUUUACCAUUGCUUGAGAGUACCGGUACCUCCAUCCAGCUCUCGCAUUACAAAAGUCGUCGUGCAAUAUUUCUUCACGUUGAAAGUCACCUGCUAGUUUUCUACAACCCUAAAAGGUACUAA